AUGGUUUUAACUGGUGAUUAUACACAACUUCAAAUAAUAAAUUUAAAAUGUGAUUCAGAUGGAAGUUUUGGUUUUGGGAUUGUUGGUGGAACAAGUACUGGAGUUGUUAUUAAAACAAUUAUUCCUGGAAGCGUUGCUGAUAAAGAUAAACGUCUAUGCCCUGGAGACCAUAUUCUGAAAAUUAGUAAUAUCAAUGUUCAUGGUAUGAGUAGCCAACAAGUAGCAACAUUGCUUCGCCAACAAAAUGAUGUUGUUCAAUUAGUUGUUGGACGAUCUAUAUCUUCCACAGUAGUAGCUGAUAAUUUACAAAAGGAAGAAAGUAUUGAACAAAGUCCAGAUAUUUGGACAAUGCCUACAAAAUCUGUUAUAUUUGGUACAUCUUUAGAAAAUGAAAUUAACAAUCGAUUAGCAUUGGUAAAUAAAUAUAAUAAUAACAAAAUAGAUAAUAAAUAUAUUACAAAUACAAAUAAUACAUUAAUAUCACCUUCUAAUGAUUCUUCUUCAAUUUCUCAUUUAAAAAAUGAAAGUAAAAAUUUACAAUCAACAAAUGUAGGGAAUCAUGAUAUGACAGUAAUUGAAGAAGAGGAACAAUCAGAUAUUAAUAAAACAUCAUAUAAUCAAUCAUCAUCAUCUCAGUUAAAAAAUGAUAAUAUAUAUUCAUUAACAGAUAUAACAACUAGUAAUAAUAAAAUAAAGAAUCUUGACAACUUAUCACCUGCACAAGGGAUGAAUAUUUGUAAAAAUAAAAAUGAUAUAUCUUAUAACACUAGUGCAAAUCUUUCAUUAAAUGAAGGAUGUAAAAGUAAAGUUGAAGAGGAUAAUAAAACAAGCAGAAUAAAUAACAUUGAAACUUUUUCAUACCAAAAAUUAAAGCUCAGUGCUGAAGAUGAGAAAACAUUAGCAGGGAAGAAUAUUGCUAGUCAUAUUUUUAAAUUGCUUGGAGACUCAGAUGUUAAAGCUAAUACAAUUAGUAAAAAGCUUCCAUCAAAAGCUAUGAAAUAUUUCCAUCGAGAUCAAUGGAUUGUAGGACAAUAUGAAGAAGUUGAAGUAGAAAUUGAAAGAAAUCCUGUAUCAGGUUUAGGUAUUACUGUUGCUGGAUAUGUUCAUCGUGAAGAAGAGAUAAAUGGUGUAUUUGUUAAGUCAUUGGUGAAAGAUUCAAGUGCAGCUAUUUCAAAGAAAAUAAAAGUACAUGAUUUAAUAGCUAUUGUUAACGGUGUUGACUGUCAAAAUUUAUCACAUGCUGAAUCAGUAAAACUUUUAGUAAAUAGUGGUCCAAUAGUAAAAUUAAAAUUAAUACGUUUUUCACAAGAAUCACCACAAGCUAAGUGCCUUAAAAUGUUACAAGAACAAGAAAACAAUGCUAAAAUGGCAGAUAUUCAAGCAAAUUUAAUAAAAGCUAAAAGCUAUUGGCAAGAAAGAUUAGGAACAGAUUUUGAAAUACUCACUGUUACAUUAAUACCAGAUAAAUAUGAUGAUGGUGGUUUGGGAAUUUCAAUUGAAGGUACUGUUGAUGUUAUUGAUGGAAACCAAUUAUGUCCACAUCAUUAUAUUGAAUGUUUAAGAAAAGAUGGCCCAGCUGCUAAAUCGGGAUGUCUUAAAGCUGGUGAUGAGUUACUUCAAUUAAAUGAUAAAAUUUUAUAUGGUGAAUCACAUAUUACAGUUAGAAAAGUAAUAGGAAAAAUUAGAAAUGAAUAUAAGGCAAGUUAUUUAGUUGUUGCAAGGAAAGCUAUAUUAUCAUAUGAGUAUGAUAAAUUACUAUCUGGUUGCCUUCCUGAAGCAUAUAAUCUAUUAGCUAAUUUAAAUGAUGAUCAAAUUGUUAAAGCAAAAUCAGAGACACAAUUAUUAAAAUUUAAUGAAAAUGAAUUUUCUGUUAGGCCUGCCUUAAUAAGGUCGCAAUCAUUGCAAUAUACAUCAGGUUUAGCUAUUUGGAAUUGUGUUCCAUUAAUUGUAACAAUAAAUAAAGAUUCUAAAGGUUUAGGAUUUUCUAUAUGUGAUUAUCAUGAUCCAGGACAUCCUAAUGAAUCAUUUAUAGUUAUUAGAAGUUUAGUACCUGGUGGUGCUGCACAAGCAGAUGGUAGAAUUGUUCCAGGAGAUAGAUUAAUGUUUGUUAAUAGUGAAGAUUUAUCAAAUUGUUCUUUAGUUAAAGCUGUUGAAAUAUUAAAAUCAGCACCUUAUGGUCCAGUUAGAUUAGGAAUAGCCAAACCAGUGCCUGUUGAAUAUUCAUCAUAUAAAAUCAAUCAUUUACCAUUAAUAUCAAGAAGUGAAAGAUUACUUGCUAAAAGUAAUUCACCAAGAGUUGGUAGAAGAUCAUAUAAAAAACAUUCUUUAUUUGAUAAUAAUAAUAUGAAAUUAAAUGCUGUUAGUUGUGAUGAUGUUAAUACACCAGAUUAUCAUUCAAGAACAUGUUCUACCCCACAAUAUUAUACUUAUUCAGAUUAUUAUGAUCGUUUAUAUUCUGGACGUUAUGGGUAUCAUUUAGAUGAUAAUAAAUUUUCAUUAGGAAGUUCACCUUCUUCAUCAAGAUCUAUAUCACCAUGUUUUUCUCCUAGUACACGUGGAUCAUUAUAUGAAAAUGAAUGUUAUCUACCACCAACAUUAGAAAGAACAAUAAAAAUUUUAAAAGGUCCAACUCCAUUGGGAAUAAUUUUUGAUGCUGAAGUUGAUAAAUCUAUAAAUGGUUGUGUUGUAAAAUAUAUCCAUCAUAAAAUGGCUAUAGCACGAGAUGGAAGAAUACAAGUAGGAGAUUAUAUAGUAAGAAUAAAUUCAGAAAAAUUUCGUAAUGCUACAUCAGGUCAAGCAAAAAUAAUGUUAAAAAGAUUAAAUUAUAUUGGAAAUCAAGUAACGAUAACUUAUAUAACAUCUGCGGAUGCUAAAUUGUGGAAAGAAAAAUAUGGUCAAGAGGUGGAUAAUCGAAUACCAAUGAUAAAUAGAUUGUCUCCAAAAGUAUUUCCAAAAUUCUAUCAAUCUCCAUUUAUGAAUAAUAAUAAAGAGCUAAAUAAUUUUUGCGCAACGGAAACUAAUAGUGUAACAUCUAUAAUUUCUGACAGCCAAUUUGAUAUAACUAAAAGUGAAUGCCAAAAUAUACCAUCUGUCAUGUCAAAUAGUUCAUUAAAUAAGAUUAUUACUACAGUAGAUAAUUCUAAGAAUUUUUUAAAUAAUUCUAAAAAUUGCAAAGAUAUUUUCUUACUGAAUAAUUUAAAUGAUACAGUUGGAGAUAAUAAUUUAUUUAUUAAUAACAAUUUUAACAAUAUGAAUUAUCUUAACAAUAGUUGUAUAUCAAAAUUUGCCGAUAAUUUAGUAUUAAAUAUAAUUAAUGAAAUAUUUGAUAUUACAAAUAAUUAUCCAAUAAAAAAUGAUGAAGUAACAUCACCACUUUCUCAAAAAUCAAAUGAUUUUGAUUUAGAUUAUGAAAUUUCAGUAUUAACAAAAACAUAUGAUAAAGCAAAUCAUGUUAUACAAGAAUUACGCCGUGAUUAUAGUUUAUCAUAUAUAGAAAGUGGAACAUCAUUUAAUUCAUUAAAAGAAAUAAUCUCAUCUUCAGAAAUUGGUGAAACAACAUCACCAAUAAAUAAUAUUGGAUCUCCAACAUCACAAUUGUCUAAUCUUUCUAUUGGAGUUGUCCCAUCCAAUCAAAAACAAUCAUUUACAGAAAAUUUAUAUAAAAAUUACAUUGAAAGUUUUACCAAUAAUUCAAUUACAACAUCAAAUAGUAUUAAUAAGAUAGAUGAAGGAGAUAUUAUGUCAAAUUAUGAGAAAAAUACUGGAGAUAUAAAAAAUGUUUUAAAUGAUGAAAAAGAUAUUUCUAUUUCCUUAGAGAAAAAAACUUCUUUAUCAACACAGUCACCUAUUGAGAAUGAAAUAAGAACAUUAAAAGAUGAUGUAAAUAUUUAUAAAAAUGUUGAUGAGAUGUCAGAACAAUUUGAUGGUACUAAUAAAAACAUAGAUGAUAAUGUUACAUUUACAAUUGAAAUUAAUGUUAGACAUGAUGAAAAAGAACCAUUAAUUAGUACCACUGAUAGAAGCAUAAACAAUUCUAUUCAAUCUUUUUUAAUAAAUGAUAAAGUAGUUGGGAGUGAAAAUAAAAAUAAUAUAACAUAUUUACCAGAAAAUGAAAAUUGUAACAUGAAUAAAGAAAUAAAUCUUGAGAAACAAAAUAUGAUUUUAUCAAAUAUUACUGAAUUCGAUAAUAAAGGAAGCGAAAAUUUAAUCAAUGAUUCUAAAAAGCUUAGUACCAAUCAAUUAAUGCGUUCAAGAUUUUGGGGACCACCACGUAAUGUUAUAUUAUGUAAAGAACCAAAUAAAUCAUUUGGAAUUAGUAUUGUUGGAGGUAAAAUUGAAGUUUCACAACAAGGAAAUAGCCCAAAUGCAGCUAAUACUGUAUCAGGAAUUUUUAUUAAAUCAGUUCUACCAGAUAGUCCAGCUGGUAACUCAAAUGCUUUAAACAUGGGGGAUCGUAUUUUAAGUGUUAAUGAUAUUGAUUUAAGAGAUGCAACUCAUGAAUAUGCCGUUAAAGUUAUUAAAAAUGCAAUUAAUCCAGUAAAAUUUUGUGUUCAAUCACUACAAACAUUCUCACCACAAAAUUUCAAAAAUCGGCUUAAUGCUUCAAUGAAUAAAGAGCUUAUUCUUCAUAAUCCUUCAGAAGAAGCAUCAACAAAUGAUGAUGUAAUAUUUAAACAAAUUGGAAAAACACAAAAUCCUCAAACAAGUACAAUAAAAAGUACAAAAUUAAUUGAAACACCAAAAAAUAGUAUAACAACAUUUAAAUUAAGAGAAAAAGAUUCAGCUGCUUCUCUUGAUAAAUUACCAUCAGAUUUGGAGGAAGAAGAUAUUUUUGGUUAUACAAAUGAUAAGAUAUGUCGAAAGUAUAAAGAUUUACCUGGAAAACCAAUAAUAAUAAGAAUAAAAAAUAUACCAACAGGAGGUAUUGACUUAUCAUUAUCAGAAACAAAUGAAGAUAAUACAAAAAAGUCAAUAUUUAUUAUGGGAAUAACUUCACCAUCACCAUUAUCAUUGGAGAAUGGUGAUGAAUUAUUAGAAAUAAAUGGUCAUGUUUUAUUACAAAUGAAUAGAAAACAAGCUCAAGAAAAAAUUCAACAAUGUAUGAAAGAUGCUGAAUUAUCAUUAAUAAUAUUAAGAUAUAAAGAAUCUUCAACAAAUGAUAAACCUCAAGAUAAUGAGUCACAAUAUAUUUGUGAUACUAUGGAAAAACGUAAAAUUUCAAGUUCUAAUUUUAAAGAAUCACAGCAACCUUAUAUACAAUCAAAUAUAUCUAAUUUAAAAUCUGAAGACAAUUUGUUAACAAAAGAUAGUAUUAGUAGUAAAAUGGCAGAAAAGCAUGCUUCUAUUGAGACGGGUAAGGAAACGUUAAUUGAAAUAGACAAAGAUGGCAAAGGAUUAGGUUUAAGUAUUGUUGGUGGUUCUGAUACAGUAUUAGGUACUGUUGUUAUACAUGAAGUUUAUACUGAUGGUGCUGCUGCAAUGGAUGGUAGACUUAAACCUGGAGAUCAAGUACUUGAAGUUAAUGAUAUAUCAUUAAGAGGUGUUAGUCAUGAUCAUGCUAUUUCUUUGUUACGACGUACACCAUCCAGAGUUCGUUUAUUAAUAUAUCGUGAUGUUAAUCUUCAACAUAGUUUACUGGAUCCAACACAAAUUUAUAAUAUUUUUAAUGUUGAACUUACAAAAAAACCUGGUCGCGGCUUAGGAAUAUCUAUUGUUGGUCGCAAAAAUGAACCUGGAGUAUAUGUUUCUGAAAUUGUAUCCGGUGGAGCUGCUGAACAGGAUGGAAGAUUAAUGCAAGGUGAUCAAAUUCUUGCAGUUAAUAAUCAAGAUGUAACAUCAUUAAUGCAAGAAGAAUUGGCAACACUUCUAAAGACUUGUAAUGGAGUCGUAAAUCUUAAAAUUGGAAGAUGGAAACUUACAGAAACAACUAACAGAGUACAUGCAGCAACACCUCCAACAUAUGGUGUUGCUAAAAAUAAUAAACCUAAACAAAGUAAUGAGUGUAAAAAAGAAGAAAAAAAGCCAUCAGAUAAUAGUAAUUAUUUUGUUAAUCAUAAUGAAAGAAAUGAUGUCCCACCCCCAUGUCCACCAUCAAGAAAUAAUAUUGUAAAUGUUCCAUUAAAUGAUGAAAAUAAUCAACUUUCUCCUAUUAUUCAUAAAGAUUUAUCACCUGUAACUGAAGAACCAAGUAGUUGUGUUGAGGGUAAAUUAAUUAUUGAAGAAGAUGACAAUAAACCAAUACAAUUACUUUCAAAUGUUCAUGAAGAAGGAAGUGAAGAUUUAUUAAUUGAACUUAAAAAAAUUCCCGAUCAACAACUUGGAAUGGGAAUUGGUAAAAGAUCUCGUGGAAUUUUAGUAACAUCAUUACAACCAGGAAGUACUGCAGCAGAAAAAUUAAAAGUUGGUGAUAGACUUAUGGCUGUUAAUGGUCAAAAAGUUACUGAUCAGUUAUCUGCUGUAACAUUUGUUAAAGCUAGCGGAGAGCGUUUGUUCUUACAAAUUGCUAGACCUAAACGUUAA